GACCAGGAAACUCCAGAUCAGAAACAUUCCUCCACACCUGCAGUGGGAGGUGCUGGAUGGUCUGCUGGCCCAAUAUGGAACCGUUGAGAACUGCGAACAAGUGAACACAGACAGUGAGACUGCGGUGGUCAACGUCACAUAUGGAACUCGGGAACAUGCCAGACAGGCUAUCCAGAAGCUGAACGGCUACGAGUUUGAGAACAAUUCCUUGCGCGUCUCCUACAUCCCAGAUGAGACGUCCGAUGUCGACUCCCAACGCGGCCAGGACAACAGUCGUCGCCCCGGUUACGGGUCCCGCGGCCCCCGUGGAGGUUCCCCGGGCUCAGGCAUGCCUUCGAAACACCAGCACGCUGACAUCCCCCUCCGACUCCUGGUGCCCACCCAAUACGUGGGGGCCAUCAUCGGCAAGGAGGGUGCCACCAUCCGCAACAUCACCAAACAAACCCAGAGCAAAAUUGACGUCCAUCGCAAAGAGAAUGCCGGCGCAGCUGAGAAGCCAAUCAGCAUCCACUCCACCCCUGAGGGCUGCUCCUCUGCCUGCCGUAUGAUCCUGGACAUCAUGCAACAGGAGGCUAAGGACACCAAGACUGCUGAGGAAGUACCCCUGAAGAUCCUGUCUCACAAUAACUUUGUAGGCCGACUGAUCGGCAAGGAGGGGCGCAACCUGAAAAAAGUGGAGCAGGACACCGACACCAAGAUUACCAUCUCCCCACUCCAGGACCUGACCGUGUACAACCCAGAGAGGACCAUCACAGUGAAGGGACCCAUCGAGGCCUGUUGUCUGGCCGAGACAGAGAUCAUGAAGAAAGUGCGUGAGGCCUAUGACAAUGACAUGGCCGCCAUGAAUCAACAGACUCAUCUGAUUCCCGGAUUGAACCUUGGAGCGCUUGGACUUUUCCCCCCUUCCGGUUCCAUGCCCCCUCCCCCACCAGGCAACUCUGCAUCCCCCUACGGCUCUUUUGGGGCCCCUGAGCAGGAGACAGUCCAUGUGUACAUCCCGGCCCAGGCAGUAGGAGCUAUUAUUGGCAAGAAGGGACAGCAUAUAAAACAGCUGAGCCGCUUCGCUGGGGCAUCAAUCAAGAUUGCCCCAGCUGAGGCUCCAGACUCCAAGAUGCGAAUGGUCAUUGUAACCGGCCCACCUGAGGCCCAGUUCAAGGCUCAGGGCAGGAUUUAUGGCAAACUGAAGGAGGAGAACUUCUUUGGGCCGAAGGAGGAAGUGAAGCUGGAGACGCACAUCAAG